AUGGUAUCAAAGGGACGAGAGUUGCUGGGCAUGGCCCUUGGUAUCAUCGGCUUCCUUGGAGCCAUCAUUACCUGUGCCUUGCCCAUGUGGAGAGUGACAGCCUUUGUUGGUGCCACGAUUAUAACAGCCCAGAUUACCUGGGAGGGUCUGUGGAUGAGCUGUGUGACUCAAAGUACGGGUCAGAUGCAGUGUAAGGUAUAUGAUUCCCUCCUUGCUCUUUCUCAGGAUCUGCAGGCAGCUCGUGCCUUGACGGUCAUCGCCAUCAUUGUUUCGAUCUUUGGUAUCAUCCUUGGCGUUGCCGGUGGAAAAUGUACCAACUUUGUGGAGAAUGAGAUUGCCAAGGCUAAGGUGGUUAUCGCAGGUGGGAUUGUCUUCAUCAUCGCAGGAGUUCUUGUUCUCAUCCCUGUCUGCUGGACUGCGAAUACUGUUAUCCAGAACUUCUACAACCCUGCGGUGGUCGAUGGCAGGAAGAAGGAACUGGGUGCUGCUCUCUAUAUUGGUUGGGCUACAGCUGCCCUGCUCUUUCUGGGUGGGGGUCUUCUCUGCAGCUCCUGUCCACCAAAGGAUGAUGAUCUGUAUAAUGUGAAGUAUUCCCAGCCCAGAUCUGAGACUGGUAGCAAAGCUUAUGUAUGA